CGUUACAGUUCCCUCAAAAGUCAAAAACAAACAACAGUUCAAUGAGAAAGGUCGUUUAAAAAACGUCACUGCGCUUGUACAUGGCAAAUAGCUUUUCACAGACUCUAACUUCGACAAAAAUGACAGCAAAAACGCGACCUAGUAUUUCACUUUUCGACUCGAAAACAUUGAUGGAAUUGAAACAAAGGCAGAGAUCUAGGUCUACAGCCAUGAGCCUAUCGUACUGUGAUGAUCCAGCACCUAGCGUAGAUAUGUCCAUAUCUUCGGGAAGGCAUCCAGUCCAUUCAAUGGGGAAACCAAAGCGUAUUUAUCAAAACACCUACAAAACUGAGCCUGAUCGACGCUUCGAAGUGUCCACAGUGAAAACUAUCAUUGAGCAGACCUUAUCGACUCUUGGUGAUACGAUCUAUGAAUCUGGACGAUGUCGUGAACUUUGUAAAAACUUGUCGCGACUUAUUGAAGAACGCGUAAAACAGCAGAAAUACAAGAGAUACAAGAUUGUGUGCUUUGUUACAAUCGGUGAAUUGAGAAAUCAAGGAUUGCACGUUGUGAGUCGUUGUGUUUGGGAUGGAGAAAAAGACAACUUUGCAACGGCAGCGUAUGAAAACUCCAGUAUACUAGCUGUUGGUACUGUGUAUGGUGUGUACAUGGACUAGAAUUUCUCACUUCUCAGUGGGAUGCAAAGCGAUCGUAGCAUCCUUUGAAAAGAUGAGGGACAACUUGAUGAAAGAUACGAUCAGAUUAUGAUGAAAAAACAGGUGGAUAGACUUAGUGUCUUUUAAUUUAAACAUUAUGUCUUCAUGAUUUUAACAGCUAUUGAUUUGAAUAUAAUGGAAACAUGUCAAUAAUGUAAAUAAUUUUUUGUUUCGUAAGUGUGUUUAUGUACAAAACGACGUAAAAAUUAGAGAAAACAAGCUGGAGAUGUGUUUAUCUGAUGCAACACGUUGCUUUGAUUUCUCAUCAAAUGAAGGUGUGUUCAAAGGCGUGUGUUUGUGUGAGUCAAAACAGUCCGAUCCUUAAGUACACAAAUGUGAACGUUAAUCUGAUCAACUUAACGAAAUAAUCUCUUUCAUUCUUUACCAAUUAAAACGUCGUUUCAAAUAGAAAAAACGCCUUUUGACAAAGGCACAUUUUACGAUUUCUCAUAGUACCGUUCUAUGUUCUCCUUGUAGGGCAUAACAGAUGUUUGUAAUUAAAUUAUUCUGUAACCAUA